AUGAUGAACGCCGUAGAAGACUACAUUCGCGACCGUGUAGACCUAUUCAUCCUGGCGGCGCUAGUCGACAAGAAGGGAUUCUACGAGAAGUGUGGCUACAGCUCUAUCGACGACGAGAUUUUCGUCGACGAGGGGCACAAACAGUGUUGGAUGACCAAGCCUGUGAAUCCACAGCCCGAGGUGUAG